AUGUCUGUACAGCAGCUCCACACAAGUUUCACUUCAGACUAUACAGCAUCAAGCUAUCUUUGUUUUCACUAAGUUGUUUCAAUUUUCAUGGAUUUAACUUCAACCACAGCCCAUAUUCAGUUACUUCGGGUGCUGAUCCAGCAGUCUGUGGACCUCCGAGGACCCCAGAAACCUAUAGAUCUGCCACUGAACAGCUGGAAAGAGAAGACGUGACAGAAGUACAGGGGAUAAAAUUCAGGUGCUAAAGAACAUAGGGGAUGCGAUAGCAGGAGUGCUUCCGGACCUUCCUGAUCAACUUGUCAAGUCAGUUGAACAUACUUUGAAAACACUUGGUGCGGCAACCACAGAUGAUUUAAAGUACAUUACAGAAAAUGACUUGCUGCCAGUGUUAAAGCCCAUACAAGCCCGAAGACUGGUUGCUGCCUGGACCCAAAAUAGUGAAUUCUCAGGGACUUUAACACCAAAAUCUAUGCAUUCAUCUCCAGUGGAUGUCUCUCCCUCUCCACCUUCAAUUUCUUCUUCACCAGCAUCAUCCACCAGUACUUCAUCACCUUCAGGAAUUUGUACACCAUUAAUACCAAACUGGUUAGAGACAUUUGAAAUACCAUGGCAGAGGUUCCCUGAGGAGUUGGUACAGAACUUGGAAAGACAGAAAAGACCAAGUGCAAGACAAAGGCGAGAAAUGGUAAGGAUCGUGGUCUCUGAAAUAAUGAAGAUUUGUAAGAAUCCAACCAAACACAACACUACAGAGAUAGCAAAAAGGAUGGUGGCCAGGUAUCCAAAGUCUCUGCAAGAUGUUAUUGAUGGUGAUGUUAUUGGACCAGGAUAUCAUUCUCUGGUGAAGCAACUUCAGGCAAGAGUUGAAAAUGUCAAGCGACAUGACACACCAAGGGUUAUAAAGCGCAAAGCAGCAUCAGAUGAUGAUGACACAGAUGAAAUACCUGCAGAAAAAAAAGUAAGUGUUCAAGACACCUAUGGCUGUAUUAGCUGGGAGCCAAAGCAUUUGCCACUCUCUGAGACUGUGGAGAGUCAACUUGAAAAAAAAGAAGAAAUGAAGACAUUGUUUAAAAAGAACUACAGUACAGAUGUUGUGAAAGAACUAGUCAAGUGCACCUAUUACACCCAGCGUAUAGACAUCAACAAAGGGGCAAGCAUCCAGAAACUAUGCCAGGAAUGGCCCUUUCUCUUCAAUGAAGUUGGUAUGCCAGCACAUUUCCAAGAGCUGACUGGUGUGAAUCUGAUGGAGACCUUCCUCGCCAAUGUAGACAAAAAGGGGGCACGUCUGUUAAAGUUCCUGAGAUAUGUUGAUGUACAAAAACGCAAACAAGUCCUGAAUGCUCUUCUCAAGGUUCAGACUGAGAGAGGUCAAUCCAGUGGUUGUUCGCAAGAAGUCAUUGAGGUGCUGCUUCUUUUACUGGCUCAUUUUGAUGAGAAGGAAGAGCUUCUGUUUCACUGUGUUGAGACAACAAGCCUUGCACAGGAUGUUCAGAUGGAGAAAGUGCCACCAACACCCUUUAUUAUUGUUUGUGAACUGAAUUGGAAAUCCAAAGGUGCUGGAAAGCUUCUUCUCCAACCCUCAAAGCCGGACUUCACCCAUGAGAGCUGACAGCAUGCAAUCAUUUUUGAAGUGACAUUCUCAGAAAUAAAGACGGCCUUCAGAAAAAGUCGAAGAAGAAAUAUUUGAGGCCACCGACUGAAACGAUCUGGAGAAACAGCAAAAACCAACGGCACCCUACACAGCC